GUUUGUGUCUGACCACGCCCCUGCUGGUUGCCAGGCGCUGCUGCAGCACCGGCUGAUCCAGGCCAAUCAGAAGUCCCGGCUGGGAUCAGGCUCCGCCCCUGAGGCAGCACGCACCUAUCCACUGACUCUGCUGGAGUGGACAGCCAAUAGGAAGAGGGCUAACAUGGUGCUGCAGGUGACCUGCUUCGACGGAGGAUCCUUCCUGUGUCCCGUCAACUCCUGGACCAGUGGAGAAGACCUGGCGGGAGACAUCCUGCUACACAGGGGAGUGUGUGAGGCGUGGAGGGGGUGGUCUAUACUGAUGAAGGAGCAUGGGCAGUGGGCGGAGCUAGCCGGUCAUGAUUACGUCAUGGAUCUGAUCUCAGACUUGGAGCUGCCGUCUGACUUCCCCAAACAGAAGAGUUACUUCAUCAUCUCAGCUGAGGAUCCUAACACAGUCAGAACCAACACCAGCCUGACUCUGUUUGGCAGUGGUUUUGACAGUGAUGAGGAGAUGUCCCCGCCCCCCCCACUCAGCACCCCCCAACCUGCAUACAGCCUGCCAGACUCUGAGGGAUACUCCAGCCACGUGGAGUCUGAUGGGUUCAGCGACGGUCAGACUCAGAGAGGGAUGGAGCAAUACCUGGACAGCCUCUUCAACCCUGUGUUAUCAGACGGCAGCACGGACCUGGACAAGCCGGCCAGUAUGACAGGCCGGAUGAAGGGAGGAGGGGGGAUUGGAGGAGAGGAGGAGAGGGGUCAGGCCCCCGCCAGCAGACCAUACCCCCCAGGACUACAGCCCGGAGGUUCUCCAGAACAGACAGUGAUGGCUCAGCAGCAACAGGCCAUCAUCAACCAGCAAGCCAUCAUACUGGCCCAGCAGAUGACCAUGCAGGCCAUGGCUUUCCAGCAGCAGAUGCUGUCUUCCUUCCCCCAGGCCCCCCAGGCCCCUCCCACACAACCACCCCUCCGCACCCCCAGCCCUACUGAAGAAGCUCCAGAGAGUCCUUACCAGGCCAGCCUGAACCCAGCCCACCUCCAACCCUCCCCCAGGAAACCCAGUCCGACACGGGUGGCCCCUCCUGAUGACAUGGUGCGGUCCAAGGCCCCCCCUCUAGAAGGAGUGGUCCGGCCCAGUGUGUCUAACACAGAACACUGUAACCCCUCCCACAACAUCAAGGAUAUGAUCAGACAGUACCAAUACCCAUCUAACCCUGCACCCAGCCAGCCUGCACAGAGGAAGGGGGAGGGGAAGAUGUUUAUGAAGAAGCCAGACCCUCAUGAUGAGGCCAUGGAUAUCCUGAAAGACCAGAUGGCCAACCCCCCACCACAGAAGUCUUUCUCUCCGGCGGCGCCUCGGAAACCAAGGGAGGAGGGUGGAUCCAAAGUCACCAAUGCAACCAAACCCCGCCCACCUGCCCUAGCCGCCUCCCACAGCAGCACCGCCCCCCCACCAGUGUCCAGAGAGUUGCCUGUAGAGGAAGAGACCAGCCAGACCCAGCUCCACUGUAGGAGCAGUGAAGAACACUACACUUACACUAACAUACCCUGGAAGAUUUACCUGAGGAAAGAGGUGUUCUAUCCUAAAGACAACUUCAACACUCCUGUGGUUCUGGAGCUGCUGUUCCGACAGAUAGUCCAUGACACCUUCUCAGAGGCCUGCAUCCGUAUCACUCAGGAGGAGAGGGCCAAGAUGAAGGCUCUGUUUGAGGAGCACCAGGUGGGCCAGGGUGGAGACACACAGGAUGAGAGGGUGAAGAAGAACAUCGUGACAACGGCCAGAGACUCCUGGGAAAUCUACUUCUCACGACUCUUCCCUGCCUCGGGCAGUGUGGGUACCGGGGUACAGGUGGUCUCAGUGUCUCAUCGAGGCAUCAAGCUGCUGAAGAUGGUGAGAAGCAGUGCUGUCGCCCCGGACUACUUCAAAGUACUACGUCCUUACAGUUACGCGGACAUCCUGUUUGUGUCCAUUCCAUCUAAGAACAUGUUGGAGUUUAACCUGACCAAUGAGAAGCUGAUUCUGUUCUCCGCCAAGGCACCACAGGUCAAACACAUGGUGGACUACUUCAUCACAGAACUGAAGAAGGACUCGGAGUACGUGGUAGCAGUGAGGAACUACAUCACAGAAGACAGAACUCUGCUCAGCUUCCACAAGGGAGACAUCAUCCGACUACACAGUGCGGAGGGGCUGGAGGAGGGCCAACGCUACGGCUGCAUCGUCAGGAAGAAGGUGAUGCUGCUGGAGGAACUAAAGAGAGAUACUCCUGAGUUUGGCUGGCGGUACGGGGCGGUGUACGGGCGGUGGGGUGUGUUUCCAGGUGAGUGUGUUCAGCCGGUGGCCGCUCCAGACUUCCUGGUUCUCCCCGCUGAGAGGGCGGAGCCUCGUGACAGACAAGGCCGUGUUGCAGCCUCCGCUGCUAUCGCCGUGGCGAUGGGCUCUACUGUCGCCGCCCAUCAACUGGACCUCAACACAGAGGCUGUGGUGGGGUAUGGUGAAGACAGCCGUAGUCUACAUCUAGAAGGACCCUCUCUACAGGACAGCCAGUAUAACAUGGAGGAGUUUUCCAGGAAGUACUAUAGACAGGCUCGGAGACACAGUGACCAGCAGAACACCAAGAAGGGGAAGCUCAGCAGAGACCCAGCUGACAUGGUUCAAUACUCUAAG